AUGUUCAGCACCAUCUAUCAGUAUUACCCCCACUCCAAGGAUUCCUGCGACAACGCUGUGCACGACGAAGGAAAAGACACGGGCACUUUCUUGGCAAACCAGACCAACAGAGACGUCGCCGCAACGACCCAGUCCACCGCACGUUCGAGCAGGGUGUUGCGCGCCGCGGCGUCUGGCGCCAACGUGCUGUUCCUGAAUGCUGGCGACUACUACCAAGGAAGCAUCUGGUACUACGUCCUGGGCGCCCAAAUCGUCGUGGACGCCGUCAACUACCUCGCUCAUGAUGCAAUGACGCUAGGAAACCACGAGUUCGAUAACGGUGCCGAUGGGCUGGCACCCCUCUUAACUGGAAGCCGGGUGCCCAUCAUAGGCUGCAACGUUGACUUCAGUGACGAGCCGAAGCUUAGACACCUGCAGCCGAGGGCCUCUCUGACAGUGGAGCGUGCAGGCACCAAGAUUGGCCUCAUCGGGUACUUGACGCCGAAUACCACAUUUCUUUCAAACCCUGGAAGGGUUCGCUUCACGGACGAAGUGGAGUGCAUCCGGCGGGAGGCGCAGAGAUUGCGCGAGCAAGGCGUGCACGUGAUCGUCGCCAUGGGCCACUCGGGCGUGCCACGCGACGUGGAGAUAUGCGAGCGAGUGCCCGAGGUCAGCCUGGUCGUCGGCGGCCACACGCACACAUUCCUCUACUCGGGACCUACGGCGGACGGUGGUCUGGUGUCGGGUGACAAGCCUCAAGGUCCGUACCCCAUAGUGGUGGAUCGUGGCGCAAGCUCCCGCUGCCUGGUGGUGCAGGACUUCUACAUGGGCAAGUACAUGGGAAACAUCUCCGUCACGUGGGAUGAGCGCGGAGAAGUGGUCCGGUGGAGCGGGCAGCCAACGCUGCUGGACAGCAGCAUCCCCGAAGAUCCCGCUGGUGUCGCACUUCUGGAACGCUACCGUGACCGUGUUGCCGAAGGACGAGCAAGGGGGGUCGCCGAGAGCAAGGUGCAUCUGCAAGGAGAUAAGCCGACGUGCCGCCUGGCAGAGUGCAAUCUGGGCAACCUUAUUAUGGACGCCUUCCUGAAAAAGAUGGCUUCGCUGCCUAGUCCACGCGGAGCUUGGACCACGGUGGCUGCUGUCAUCGCCAAUGCAGGCGGAAUCAGGGCAUCUAUUGAUGAACAGAGCACAGGUGGUCGGGUCACGUACGAGGACGUGGUGAACGUUCUUCCGUUCGGAAACACCCUCGUGGUGAUGAACGUGAGCGGGGCACAGUUGAGAGACCUCCUCGAGCAUGGCGCCCACCGGCACGAUGCCAAGGGAGAGGUGCUGCCCGCGGAAUUUCUCAUCACUGCUGGGCUGCGUGUGGUGUACGACUUGCAACGAAAACCUUACGAGCGCGUGGUGGACGCGCUCAUUUUGUGCGCUGACUGCCGCGUGCCUCGGUAUGAACCGCUAGAAGGCGCACGGCGUUACCGCGUGGCUGCCCUGAGCUACAUUGUACACGGAGGUGACAACUUCAAUUUCUCCUUCGUCGCACCCACGGACAUGUACGACACCGGUUUCAAGGAUGAUCAGAUAGUCGUGCACUACAUGAACGCCACAUCACCGCUCACAACUGCGGUCGAUGGCAGGGUCACCUUUCUGAAGUUGCCGACCGGCCAGGCUGAAACUUCUGCUUCGGACGCGCGCGCUGCCCCGGCUAUUUACUCCCAUUUAGCUUGUCUUCUGCUCUGCGUUUUUUACAUGUUCCAGGACUUCUAGCGUACAAUGACUACGCGAAGGUUGUUCGACUUUUAACCUCCAGCACUCACAGGGCACGCGGAAUGGUCUCGAAGUAGGUAAUCGCUAGAUAUCACAGCGGACGGACUAUAUCCCGAUUUCUAUAGGAUAUUCGUAUGGAAUUUCGUGCCUAAGCCUGCAUGCAAAUGCUUACGUUGUAACUAUUAGAGUGAGUCCAUGCGCAUUGCGUGCUAGUAAUUACCGGGAAGCAUGCCUGGUGAUCAGUCAGGCUAUAUUACUUACUCUUUGUAAUAAAAUGCUUGUCUGUAAUAUGCUGCAGAAAAGAAAUUAAAAUGUGCUUUU